CUAUUCUACUCGUUUGUGAAUCUCUUCUAUGCUUGGUGCCAUUCGCAAUCUCAUUGCCAAACCUCUCAAUUGCACGAAAUGUUUAUUGUUUCCCAUAAAUUUUCUUAUCCUUUCAAGGAACUGCGAUGCGCUUUCUGUGUUGGUGUAAUGGGCGUGUAUUGGGUGACGGAAGUAUUACCAUUGCCUGCCACUGCCAUGUUCCCUGUUGUUCUCUAUCCGUUGACAGGAGUAAUGACAUGCAAGGCAGUCGCUCAGCAGUUUAUCAACGACACGAACUUUCUUUUCGUUGGUGGCCUGUUUGUAGCCCAAGCCAUAGAGAAUUGGGAUCUGCACAAGCGUAUCGCCUUGUUUGUAUUAAAUAUGGUUGGUGGUGAUCCAAAAUGCAAUUUUUACCUCUUCAAAGGCUUGAUGGCGGAAAUGAAACAGCGAUCACCUUUCGAUAAAGAACCGAUACCUUGCAGAGCACAAUAUUCGAAGAAUUUCAAGCAAAUGUCAGCUGGCAUGUUGGUGUGCGUUUGUGUUGCGGCGAACAUCGGCGGCACAGGGAUGCUAACGGGAACACCGAUCAAUCUGGUUUUGGUUGGACAACUGCCAGAAAUAUUUGGCAGUGAAGUAACAAUUGAUUACAUGACAUGGUUCAUAUUCGCAUUUCCGUUGAUGUGGUGCUGUCUGCUGGCAGCUUGGCUCACUUUGAGUAUAUUCUUCCUUAGAAAUGCACCGGCGAAGGAUACUCGCGUCACUGAACUGCUGCACAAAAAAUGGACUGAGUUGCCGAAAAUGAACUAUGCUGAAAAGUCGGUAGCCGUCUGCCUUUUCUUGCUUCUCUUUCUGUGGAUAUUCAAAGAACCAGGAUUUAUUACUGGAUACGGUGUGCUUUUUCCGAAAAACUACUACACAGACACAACAGCAGUGAUGAUGGUUGCGCUAAUUAUUUUCUCCCUGCCGAGCAGGAAACCGAACUUUUGCGACCUUAAGAGGAAGGAAGAGAUACCUCGACUGAUCGAUUGGCCGUCAACACAAGUUCGCAUUCCAUGGGGUGUUGUGCUACUUCUUGGAGGUGGAUUCGCUUUGGCUGCUGGGGUAAAGGAAUCUGGUUUGUCAGUGAUGCUAGGCAGAUCAUUGUCUACAUUUCGAGAUCUUCCUUUGUGGGCUUUCCAAAUGUUCACUAUGGCGUUUACGUUGAUGGUCACCAAUGUCUGCUGCAAUCUUCCAUCUGCGACAAUACUCGUGCCAGUAGUGGCUACACUAGCUGUUGAAAUCCAAGUUCAUCCAUUCGCUUUGAUGCUGCCUGUAACAAUUAUGGUAUCGUUCACGUUUGUACUUCCGGUUGGUACACCUCCCAACGCAAUUGUGUUUGCCUCACAAAUGAUAACAAUUUCCGAAAUGGCCACUUCUGGCAUUGUUCUCUCAAUCGUAUGUCUCCUUAUCACUUUCAUAUAUAUGAAAAGCGUUGCUUUUCUUAUAUUUCCUUUGUCCGAAUUUCCCACAUGGGCUGAUCUGCACAACUCGUCCGCGACCUUAUGA